AUACGUACAUAAUCUUUUUAUUCAUUAAAUUUCAACGUAUUAACAAUGGACAAAAUUACCGACAUAAAACGUAGAAAUAUAUCAAAAGUUUCGAACAAUAAUGAAGUAUCUACAGACAAAAAAUCAAAAAGUACAGAAAGUACGACGUCGCCAGCUGUGUAUAUAAUAUUUUUUUCUUUGCUACUUGAUUUGUUGGCAUUUACACUAAUAUUGCCUCUAUUUCCGUCGCUGAUGGAAUUCUACAGAGUCCAUGACUCUAUCGGUCUAUAUAGCUGGUUUUCAGAUAACAUAAAAACCUUUCAAAAUCUUGUUGGAGCUCCAGAAAGGUUCAACUCAGUCUUGUUUGGCGGUGUCUUAGGUUCCAUGUUUAGUUUUCUUCAAUUCCUUAUUAGCCCCCUAGUUGGAGGAAUAUCUGAUGUUUACGGAAGAAAACCUGUUAUGUUGAUUUGUCUGACUGGCAUAUCGAUAUCUUACAUUGUUUGGGCUUUGUCAUCAAAUUUUGCAUUGUUUAUACUAGCUCGAUUUAUAGGAGGCAUAAGCAAAGGCAAUGUUUCUUUAAGUAUGGCAGUAAUUGCCGAUGCGUCUAGUGGAAAAGGCAGGACAAAAGGAAUGGCUUUGGUGGGUAUAGCAUUUUCUUUAGGAUUUACUAUUGGACCUCUUAUUGGAGCUUUAUUUAGUCAAUUGACAGACAAAACAAAUGUGGAUUGGUUUAUGUACCCAGCUGUAUUUGCAUUUUUAUUAUCGAUUGCCGACCUUCUGUUUGUGGCAGUGUUCUUUAAUGAAACACUCCCAAAGGAACAUCGUUCAAAGGCCACUGUAACAACUUUAUCACAAGCUACAAAUCUUAUCAGCAUACCUAAACUUUUUAGAUUUACCGCUGUUGCGGCAUUACACAAAUCAGACAAAGACAAUUUAAAAAGAUUAGGUCAGGUUUAUUUUAUAUACCUAUUCUUAUAUAGUGGACUGGAGUUUACGCUCACAUUUUUAACCCAUCAUACAUUUGGAUACAGUUCAAUGCAACAGGGAAAAAUGUUUUUCUUUAUUGGCAUAAUAAUGGCUAUAUUCCAAGGAGGAUUUGUGAGACGAGUACCUGAACAUAAAUUAAAAUCUGCAGCAGUUGCAGGUCUUUGGCUUAUUGUACCCGCUUAUGGUUUUGUUGCAUUGUCUCCAAUAGUUCAUAUUUAUUUCUUAUACAUUGGACUUUUUCUAUUUGCAGUUUCUACUGCAUUUGUUGUUCCAUCAUUGAUGUCAUUAGCAUCUAGAUUUGGAGGAGUUGAACAAAAAGGAACAGUUAUGGGUGUGUUCCGAUCAUUAGGAGCUUUAGCUAGGGCUGUUGGUCCUGUUAUAGCAUCAAUUGCAUUUUGGAGUUUUGGUUGCUCUUUGACAUAUUUAGUUGGUGGUGUUUUAUUGAUUAUACCAGUAUUAAUGUUGCAAUUUUCGAAUGUAUAA